CUAUAAGUAUAAAUAUUAUUUGUAAAUAAUAAUUUUUUUUGUGGAAUAUUGUGAUUUAACGAAAAAUUAUAUUAAUUUUCUAUUUUUCCUUGUUAAAAUUAAUUAUGUUACGGAACGUGCAAUAACAUUUUCAAGAAUAAACAUUUACCACGGAUUUUAGGAAGCUUCUCUAAAUAUACAGAAUAAAGUCUCAAUGAUUAAGCGAAUGAAACGAUGAAAAUAUAGCAAAAUGGAUGACGAUAUACGUACAUUGUGGUGUGGAAAUUUAAGUGACAAAGUUACAGAGAAUAUUCUUUACGAAUUAUUUUUACAGGGUGGUCCAGUACAAAGGGUUGCUAUUCCUAAAGAUCGUGAUGGGAAACACAGAACUUAUGGAUUUAUAACAUAUAAACAUGUAAGUUCUGUACCAUAUGCUUUAGACCUUUUUGAUGGGACAAGAUUAUUUGACCGGACUAUUAAUAUGAAAACAAGAAAUAACAUAGAAUUACCGCAAGUAGAAAAACAAAGACAGGAACACAUUUAUAAUUUAAAUCAUCUACUUCAUUUGGGUCAGCAAACGUUUAUAGGAAACUUUAUGCCAAAUGUAGGUUCAGGUAUGCUUCCUACGAAUAUAGUACAAAAUACAGUUUCGUAUACUGGCAAAAUUGAUACUCAUCGUGAUGAUAGACAUUCUAGAAGUUAUCAUCCUUAUCAUCGUGAUCAUGAAAAUAACAAAUAUGAUCACCAUAAAGAACAUAGAUCCUAUGAAAGUAGAAGUAAUAGUAGUCAUUCAAGUGAUUAUUCAAAACAUAGUAAUUAUAAAAAUAGUAGAAGACAUUAUUAAUAUUUAAAAAUAUAAAUCUGAUAAAAUGAA